UUUACAUUUUGUGCAUGCGACGCUAAAAACUAAUUGAAACGCGAAUAUAAAAGUAAUUCCAGCUGCAGAGCCAAGCCUCAGUUUUUCAUGAGCUGCCAACGGCAGAAGUACGUUUCUGGAGGCCCAAGGAGCGCCACUGGAGGCCAUCGAGGAGUCGGAAUCACGGACUUCCAGGCGCAUUCUUGGCGUGACUGCGGCGCAUUAAAUCACCGGGAAAAACGCGGCGACGAACCACAACCGGAAGUUCAGCGCGAAAGGAGCAACUGGUGGUCAUCGAAAUGGAGGUGUACGCCUGGGGUGCCAAUUCUCACGGCCAGCUCGGCCUUGGCUUUGAGUCCGAAUUGUGCAUGACACCGCAACGGGUGACCAGGUGCUCCUUCGCCGCCCCCCAGGUUCGAUUCAUUCGCGGCGGUGGUGGCCACGUCCUCAUCCUCGACACCAAUGGAAGGGUUCAUGCCUGCGGAUGGAACAAUCGCGGUCAACUGGGACUGGACUCCACGGAGGAGUGCCACAACGAGUUCAAGUUGAUUCCCACCGAGUUCUUCGGGGAAGUACCUGUGGAAACCAUCAGUUGUGGCUGGGACAUUUCGGGUGCCAUCACGCUAACCAAAAGGCUCUAUGUCUGGGGCUCGAAUGCCUUUCAGCAGCUGGGUAUUUGCCAGCGUGGUUUUAUAGCCGUAAGAAGACCCAUGCCAGUGAAGCUUCCACGGGAAGAACCCGCCCAGAGGAUCAGCUUUGGCCUGCGACACUGUGCCGUCCUCACGCAGGACAACAAGAUCUAUGUCUUUGGAAGACUAAGGAUCAUGGAUCCACCGCCCAUCGAACUGGACAUCACGGCCACCUGCCUGCACCGCUGUAAUACGGUGAAAAUACAGGCUCACAAUCCUAACGAACUGCGAAUAGUUUCCAUUUCGAGUGGUCAGAAUCAUAUGCUGCUGAAGUGCGUGGAUCUAAGCGAAUCGGGCGGUGGCAGCACCAAGAGAAUCCUGACAUUGGGAGACAAUAAGUUUGGGCAGUCCAAUGCCUUUCAAUUCGAAGAGAAUGUACGACAAUUGGCCGUGGGUUGGACCCACAAUGCAGCGGUCCUAAAGAACGACGAGAUCCUCGUUUGGGGUCGCAAUUGCUAUGGUCAACUGGGAAUCGGUUUGUUCAGCGAGCAGCAGGCUAUACCAACACCACUUCGCCUGAAGCUUCCAGAGGAUCAGAGCACGGCUAGAAUUCAUAUGGGGGCAGAGCACGGACUGUUGAGGAGUACGGGCGGACAGGUUUACACAUGGGGAUGGAACGAGCACGGAAAUUGCGGCAACAACAGCACCGAAAAUUUAUGCACCCCGACUCUUUUAGAACUGCCACCAGUUAAACUGUGCGGCGCAGGAGCUGGAUUUUGUUAUGCGAUUACAGAACCUGUAAACUGACUUUUAUAUGCUAAACCUUUGCGCUGUCGCAUUUUUAAAACUUAAGCUUAGGGGCCAUUAUGUACUAUUUGUGUACAGCUUUGUUAAUCCUUUUAA